AUGAAGGACAAGCGUUUUGCCUGCGAUUAUCCAGGCUGCAAGAAGGUCUUCAACCGACGUGAUUAUCUGGACCGACAUGCCGCAAAUCAUUUGGCUGUAAAGCCUUUUUAUUGUAUGCAUUGUAAACGCCAUUUCAGUCGGAAAGACCUCUAUGAUAAUCAUAUGAAUACACGCUUCCAUGCCAAGCGAGUCGAAGAGCUUGCUCAAGGAAAAGCGGCGCGCGCUGAAUCGUUGGCCGCACAGUCUAGGAUUGCUCGAAUUAACCGUGCUUACCCCGAAGCGACCAAUACCAACACAGAAGAGGGUUCGAGUUCUCCGGUCCUAACUCACCCCCUAACUCACCCCUCCAACCCAACUAGCCCAACCGCCGUUUCCGCCCCAGCUGCCACCGAGCUUGAACAGCCACUGUUGCCCCUCAGUAGAACAGGGGGCUACGGUAGCAUGCCACAAUAUUUAUCGUCAGAAUUUGAACCCGACUUUACAGAGGAUUACAAUAUGGACUAUCAUAAUACCUUCCCAGUGUCUAGCGAGUUGACUCCCUCGGUCCUGGCCCACUUUGCCAAGCCAACAGCUGAACUUUCUACGCUUGUUGAUUAUCAGGACUCCGAUAUAAGUGAUCCCAGUCGACGGAAAUCGCAUUUGUACGGUUUGCAGCGCGAGCAUCAACAACCGCUGUAUCUUUCCAGAUGGUCACAAUACCAAGACCCCCUCGCCAAUCGUUUGCCAGACGAGGAUGAUAUGAACUCUGUCUCCACAUCGAGCUCAGCGACUGGCACAUCAUCACCACAUGCGGGUAACGCAGCUAAUGGCAUGGCACUACCCAUGAGAGUCUUUCUUCUAAACAGAUCGACAAUCCAUGGCAACAGCAAUGGCCGGUCAACCAUUGCAGACUCGACUUCUUCGGUGGCUCCGUCCGUGAGUUCGUUAUCAACUGCACCCACUUCACAUUCAUCACAGCCGGAAAUGGGCCCAUUACGGAAAGGAGGGCACAAGCGGGUGGCCAGUGGGACGACGGCCCUUAGUAGUUUGGCAAAUGAUCAAUAUGCGCGGAACUUGUUUGAGCCCUACGUUGCGGCAGCACAGCAUUUACAGUCCAUCAAAACAGAUAUGCUUGCUUUCCAGGAUAGCGAAAAGCUGCAACGACUUCUCCGCGAGCCUCCCCAAGCAGCGUUGUUCGCCGAGAACUUUAACAAACAGUUUCUGUGGUUUUUCGACAACCGCUAUGGAACUCCCAGUGCUAAAAUUGGCUAUGAUCAUUGCUAUGCCCAAACUAACAGUGAAUAUCAAGCCAGGGCGAGAGAAUUCGAAGGCGAUAGCCCUAACCAGAGGCCUGCAAACAGAGAGUAUCGCCCAUUAGAUGACACGGCUUCAUACAUGGUUCUACGCAUUCUCAAAGAAGCUCCAAGAGAACUGUUUGAGGACCCCACUAUGAUUGACUACUACAUGCACAUUGCUUGGAGCCACACUUCUGCGAUCCAUUAUAUUAUCCACCUGCCUACUUUCGACCCCUCUCAUUGUCACCCAGCGCUUCUGGCAACAUUAGUGGUGUUGGGUAUGGCUAUAUGUCGCGAUCCCCAAGCAGAGCUAGCCGCUAAGAUAUUAUACCCGUCAGUUCUUUCUGCAACGUACGAGAGUGUGUUGGAUUCUGCCUCCUCUUCAGGAGGAAAUCGGCACGAAACUCCACAUAUUGGUCAACUUCAGGCCUUUACACUUCUUAUGAGGUAUGAGCAGCUCAUUCUUGGUAAAGAAACUGCAAGGCUGUCGUUGCUGCAUGGCCCAACUUCCACCCCGAUGAUUGAUAGGUUUUUCUGGGUGUUGCUCUCAACAGUGCACCAUUGGAACGGACCUCAAACACCGUUGUGGUCACUCGGACCCAAUCAGAAACCUUUGUGGGCAACUGUGGGACCUGAGUCGUAUGCAUUCCAUCCAUACUGUAUGACGAACUUACAAUGGCGUGAAUGGGCGCGGUAUGAAAUGGCCAAGCGAACUUUACACCUGGCUUUAUUCUGCGACAACAUCCAUUGCUUGAGUGCAGGUUCCGAUAAUGUCCGGCCUGUGUCGAUUUUCAACAUGGACACUCAUAUGAUUUGCAGCGAGUGGCUGUGGGACGCGCGGUCUCCGGCUGAAUUUUUCUACAUUGUUGGUCCCACAGAAACAAUCCAAUGUGUGCCUUACUUGGGUCUCAUCAAAUCGCUUGUUCGGUUCCCGCGGAUUCCUUCGGGUUCCACAAAUCGCCGCAUGGACCAAGAGCGGCCAAGGGGGUCACCACCUCUUUGGUCUCUUUUCAGCCUUCGUGUUUUGGCGUAUGGCUUGACCAACAUUGUUGGUAGACUGUCUGGUGUCUCUGAGCACGGUGAGCAGCUGGUCCAGCGAAUUUUCAACGCAGAUUAUAUUUCUGGAUCCAACCCCCCAUCUGCGAUGGGCGGCGACUGGAUUUCCCCGCUUUUUGAUCGCUCUAUACAAUCACGGCUUUACCGGGGUCUUGAUUUGUGGUUACAGUAUUUCGAGGAUGCUUAUGGUAAAGUUACUGAGCGGAUUUUCAGUAUUGCUGGAGGAACCAACGAUGAUGAACCGCACAUAAACUCUGUCCUCAAUGAGGACCUUGCUAUGAUCGAUCUCGACGACGCACAGGAAGGAAUUCCCGGGUAUGUUUUCGUUGUUGUCUUUUAUCAUUAUUCAAGUUUCUUGUUUGUCCAUGAAGAUUUGCAGAUUGUUUUGCAAGUUGCUUCUAGUAUGAAGGGCUGGCUUGACGUACCAGUGCAAGUGCCCUAUGCUAAUCUUUUGGAUAGGCUCUGUGUUCCGCUCUAUACCCAGUGGCUGCAGAGCAACGAAGCGACGGCCAUGCUGUCGACGUCGUGUCUGACGAUUGCUUGGCUUGAUGCCUCCAUGGGCCGGCUCCCUACGAAACUGUUUAACAACCAAUUCCUUGCCAGCGUCACGUUUAUCGCUGUUCUCGUCGUCUGGAUGCAUGAUCUCACUCGUGGAGGCGUACCAGUCGGGGUUACGCAGUCCGCGCUGCCGCCGUUGGCCCUGGAGAACUACAAGUUCUCACAGGACGCGGUCUUGCAUCUCCAAGUGUUGUCGGGCACGUCAAACGCCCCCUCAUCGAAAGCACCAGGCGACUCCAAUUUGAUAUUGGGUUUCUCGAACGAUGUGCCUCCCCACAGAGCCAGCGAACUUGGUGGUCCUGGUGACAAGGUUCGCUCUGUGCUUCUUUUGGCAGAGUGCAUUCUUUACGGCCGCCCUAAUUCAGAACGUCUCGUGUCAUUCUUGAUGCGGCUCCUUGAAGCCAUUGAUUCCAGACUCACUCUACCCAUUCAACAGGCUGUUCUGAGCGGAUCGAGACAGUUCUACGCCCAAAGGCGCACUAUUUAA